AUGUCCCAGGGUCAGAACAAGAGGACCUCUUUCUGCGGAAGCUCAGGCAGUGCUGUGUGGGCUUCGAUUUUCUUGAUCCAGUGGCCGACCUGAAAGGCAAGGAGAUGAAGCGCAGCACACUUAAUGAACUUGUCGAUUACAUCACAGCAGGACGAGGAGUUUUGACUGAGCCUGUGUACCCGGAGAUAAUCCGAAUGAUUGCCUGCAAUCUUUUCCGAACACUUCCCCCUUCGGACAACCCAGACUUCGACCCAGAGGAAGAUGACCCAACGCUAGAGGCUUCUUGGCCACACCUGCAGCUGGUCUAUGAGUUCUUCCUACGUUUCUUAGAGAGUCCAGACUUUCAGCCUGCGAUUGGCAAGAGAGUAAUAGAUCAGAAAUUCGUUUUACAGCUUUUGGAAUUAUUUGACAGUGAAGAUCCCCGAGAAAGAGAUUUUCUCAAGACUGUUCUUCACAGGAUAUAUGGCAAAUUUUUGGGUCUUAGAGCAUUCAUCAGAAAACAGAUAAACAAUAUUUUCCUUAGGUUUGUAUAUGAAACGGAACAUUUUAAUGGUGUCGGAGAGCUACUAGAAAUAUUGGGAAGUAUAAUUAAUGGUUUUGCUUUGCCAUUAAAAGCAGAGCAUAAGCAGUUUUUGAUCAAGGUGCUGAUCCCACUGCACAAAGUCAAAUGUUUAAGCCUGUACCAUGCCCAGCUGGCCUACUGUGUGGUACAGUUCCUUGAGAAGGACCCCACCCUUACUGAACCUGUUAUUAAGGGCCUACUCAAAUUCUGGCCCAAAACAUGUAGUCAGAAAGAGGUAAUGUUUUUAGGUGAGAUUGAAGAAAUUCUCGAUGUGAUAGAGCCGUCACAAUUUGUAAAGAUCCAAGAGCCACUAUUCAAACAGAUAGCAAAGUGUGUUUCCAGUCCUCAUUUCCAGGUUGCGGAGAGGGCAUUGUACUUCUGGAACAACGAGUAUAUCAUGAGCCUCAUUGAGGAGAACUCGAAUGUGAUCCUGCCUAUAAUGUUCCCAGCAUUAUACAGAAUUAGCAAGGAACACUGGAACCAGACCAUUGUUGCACUAGUUUAUAAUGUGCUCAAAACAUUUAUGGAAAUGAACAGUAAGCUGUUUGAUGAACUUACAGCUUCUUAUAAGGCAGAGAGGCAAAGGGAGAAGAAGCGUGAACGAGAGAGGGAUGAACUCUGGAAGAAGCUACAAGCACUAGAGCUGAAUCAUCAGCAGAAACAACAGUGAGAAUACAUGAAUGGUGUAGUGCAGAUGGUCGGAGGUUGGCCUGAGAAGUGGCGUCAUAAUGGUGUGGGCGCGCUUGGCCCUACACCCUUCCUGAUGAUCAUGUGGGCCUGGGGCUGGACCUGUGGAAUACCAUCACCAAGUUCACAUGCAUCAACCAUACAACUCAAUUUAGUUUUGAAUGUAUUCUGGUCAUAAAAAUGAAGCCAUAAGCAUAGCUGUGCAAAUUUUCCGAGUCCUGUUGUUGUAGAGACAUACGUGUAAGCUACUGAAGAGUGAUGGUGCCCUGGAUAACCUUUAGGGGUACAAACUAUACCCUUUCCCCAGGUAACAUCAGCAGGGAAAAUGGUGUAAGGAUAGCAAUCUAGGCUAUAUGUCUAUUCUGUAUGUAAUAUGUACUAUAUGGUAGCCUACAUAAACUGAUGACCUUUGUAAUUACUCAGUAGGAGAGAUUGUAAGAUGUGUGUAUGAGAUGGGAGGAGCGUUGAAGGUGCUGUUUGGCUUGGAGAAGUUACCGAGAAAAGAGUGGCCCUGUACAUGUCCCACAAGAUGCGGACCAGUUCGCUGCUCCCUGUGGGGGCUGUGCUAUGCUCACCAGUUCCUUGCUAGGAUUUGGUUCAAAUUGAAUUAUUUACAAAUGAUUUCAUGCAUAGGUAUUGGGCCUAAUUCUGGGUUAUGAUUUACUUUACUGGACUUUUUAAUCUACUAUUAUAGGUAGGCCAAUUGUUGUGUUUUGGAGAGGGCUUUUAAUAUUGAACUGAUCAGCAGGUUGUUCAGGUCACAAAAGUGAAUUUGUGAUUGUAGUUUCCUUUGCAUUAGUUAGGAAAUAGUGUAUGUCAUUGCCCAAGUUUGAUUCAUGCAAACCACAUUAUGUCUCCUCUGUCUGUCAAGGUAGUCAUCCUUUCCUCUCAUGAUUGUACAUAGGUUGAGAGUCUGUGUGCACCAAUUCUUGAUGCUAUUUAUAGCCAUUGUGUUGUGGCCCAAGUAGUCACUGGGAAAAAGAACAAAAAGUUACAGGACUUGGUCUUGAUUUGGCAAUGUCUAGUCAUCCCCAUAUGUGUGGACUUGGGGCAAUGAGGCCUCACUGUUUUGUAGUCUAGUUUAUGUGGAUGAUUUCACUUGCUUGUUGUCCCCUGUGUUGCUAGCUGAUCAGCUGGUUGGGAAGCAUGGGCCCCACUGGUCAGUAAGUUGGGUAGUAAUGGAAAAGCUACCCAGUUUUACUGAUCGUGCUUCCUGUGCUGAGUAUAUCCUCUCCCUUUUGAUUUCAUUUUUAUUUUUUAUUUUUCAAUUUACUUUAUUUAUUUAUUUAUUUUAUUUUUUUCAUAGGAAGUGCAUUUUUUUUCCUGAGAGUGGGAGUUGAUGUUUGCUCUCACCAAUGAUUUAUGCAACCAGUACCAAUGUUUAGUGGAAGGGGUGUGCAGAGGCUCAAACAAACUAUUUAUGAUACUGGCUGGCCUAUGUGAAAGAACCUAAUUAUUGUGUGUUAAUCUGGUGCAAUAGUGUGACUCAUCUAUAGCUGCUGGUGCCCCCUUUCUAGGGGAAUGUGUGCUGUGCAGGUGGUGUCUUGUGCAGAUGCCUGCAAGAGGUGAACAAUAAAACCAUUUAUCCCAGGAACUGUAGUGUGCACUGCCCCCUUCCUACCAAACUCUUCAUUAGUGUGCACCAACCUGGCAACCAACAUAACUAUUCAAGAGAUCUGUAAACGUGCACUCAUCCUGGCCAUCACCGCCACCACCUUCCUGAAUAUUCAUUAAAAUUAACAAUACCAUCAAUUUGAGAACCCAUAUUAGGCACCUGCUUUGUAACCACUAUAUUCCAUAACCAGGAUAUUCAUCAGUCAGACUUAAUUCCAUUCCCCCUCCUCCCCCGAAGUUGUGCCUCACCCUGUUGCUACCAUCAUUAUGGGAUUAAAUGUGUGUAAAUUGUGUAGAUAAUUAAUAUCAUCAUCACAGAGACUACUAGAGACAGCAACUACUUCAGUACUGCCAAUAUUCUGGUCACCAUCACAGCCACAGCGUUUAUGGGAUUGGUGUUGUACACUCCACUUUCUGCGUCCAAUGGAGUAGGAAGAUCACACCCAUUUAACCACUGUGCCCGUUUGUCACUGUUUUGCCACCGAGUUACAAAUCCACACCGUGUGCGCUCACUUACGGAUUGCAAUUCCUAGAAUUUAUAUUGAAUAACUUAGCAAUCUUCCAUAAGCCUGCAGUUUAUAACUGUUCUGGGUUGCAGAAGCAUAGAGCAGUGUUGAGACUUGUCACCUGUAUUUACCAUAUGUUAGGUUGUUUUAAUGGACUGUAUUAGGUAACUUUCCCAAGGGACUGUUGAUGUGCAGUGAACAAGCACCACCACCCAGGAUAAACAAGUGCACAAGUUACUUCCUGCAGAUAGGCUAGAGAAGUGCACUCAGACCAGCUGGAUCCUACAGGAACCUGGUGGUGUUCACCUGCCCCUUCCAUGUUCUUGAUGGGCAUCAAGGCACCUGCACAAAUCAGCCAAUCUAUUUUCAGUAAAGCUUGUAUACAAUGUACAGUCAAACCUUGAUGUGUAAUAUUAUUAAUUAUAAGCUAGAGAUGUGAUGAGAUUGUUGGAAAAAAUUUGUUACACAACUGAUGAGAUGGUGUGGACACUUUGUAUGUAUGUCACACGAGAUGUAGACUAGCCUUUGCCACAUGCUUUACUUCUGCCUUGUAUGUUUGUAAAUUUAACUGUACAUGUACAUACACCUGAAGCAGAGUAGGGUGUGAGUGUGGCAGCCUGCUCAGGGUCCAGAUCAUGCCGGAUCUAAACCUUUGAAUAGUUUCAUUUAAUAUUAUUAUGGAUUGCAUUUUUUUCAGCUAAGCCGCAAUGUGAUUUGUUUGAAAUGCCUUUAUGCUGGUUAUAUCAUUUAUCAAAAAAGUAGGAGUGAUGAAAAUAACAAGUUGCUUAAUAGGAAGACUCUGCUGUAGCUUCCUCUGGAGUCUCAUCACUGCGUUGUUCAAGCAGAUCAUAAUAUGCAACCAUUUCCAGCAGACUAUCAGGGGAAUGGGGUGAAGUUUGAAUAAUCUCUUUGGGUGUCUUACAGUGCUGAAGGUGGUGGUGGAAUAAAUAUCAGGCUGUCUAGUGUAUAAGUGUUGAUGAAAUUUGUUUCCUAGCAAAUUGGCAAGUUGCUUUUAGGUGACCAAUGCAUAGAAAGAACACAUAUCAUGGAACAUGAAGUGGUCUUGAGUGGAUAAACUAUACCUUUGUAGCUGGUGUCUAAAAGAAAAAAAUAAUGUGCAGUGGGUUGAGUGACAAGAGAAAACUAGAUAGCAGCAGCAGCUGCAACUCAGCUCUGCAAAGACAUUUCAGAUACUGCAGGAAGUGGCUGAUGGAAAGAUGGAGGUUCAUGGAAGGACAGAGAUGGACUCUAGUAGGCUGCUGCCUCGGCUUCACAAUGGCAUUCUCUGGGUUGCAUCUUUCACUUGUGGAGAUGUGAUAUUUUAAUACUGCUUUUUCUGUAUGGAACUUGUUCUAUUAUUUCUAUUCCUGUAGACUAGAUAGUGCCAACAUGAUGCAAUAGCAUUAUGCAGCUAGGGUCUCACACAGCCACUGGUGAGCACCAGCUUGGAGACGUGGCGGUGUUGAUGUGCCUCUAGGCUGUGUCCUCCCCCCGGGCCCAGUACUGCCUGUUGUGAGCCACAUGGCCGUCGCCUCGUCACUCAGAGAAGCAGCAGCAACAUCGCCUCACCGUUUUUAACUCCAAUCAGUCUGGGAUGUUAAAAUUAAGUAAUAAUACCAUUAUUGUAAUCUUCAUAACUUUCUGUUCACAUAAUGUAAAGCAAGACAAUAAAGAACUUAAAAGUUUGUCUCAUGCAUGUUAUGUCCUUGGUAGUUACUUCCAACUUUGCCAAUAUUCUCAUGGGCUAAGAAUUAUCAGAAUACAUGGUGACAUUAUAAGGAAUUUUUUGUUCAUAUUACUUUUAUAGAGCAUAGUUAUGUCUGGUUAAUGUCAUGUGAUAGUCCCUAAUAUAGCUGAAAGUUGAGGAGCUGCAAGUAGUGGUCAGACAAAGCCAGAAUUAGCAUGGAACACAAGAAAAUCUGGUAUGUUGUGAAAACCUGGUUUCCAUUAUGGUAGUGAUUCAUUUUUAUUAUUUAUGUUUACAUAUUUAUUUAUUUAUUUAUUUCAUUUACAAAUUCUUUAACAUAUUUGUCGCAUAUUUUUAUAUCUUGCUGUUGCUCCUAUAUAUAUAUAUAUAUAUAUUGUUCAACGUAAGGUUUAUCUCUAAGGAAGGUUAGCAAUUGUCUAUCUGCUCACUUUUAAUUUCAUAAGAGCUUUAGAGUAAUUCUCUGACUGAUGUUACUUGGUACAAUUAUUUUUGUACACCUUAGAUUUAUAUUUUAGUCCAUUAUGGAAGUCUACCCUAUGAAGGAAGUAGUGAUUCCUUUUUUUUCCAUCACCAGACUAUUGGACUUCAUGUCAUCUCCCAAACAGACACCAACUCACUUUGCAAUAGGUCAGUGAAAUUGUGGUCAUCUUCAUAAUAAUAAUUUUCUAUCAAAAAACUUUUAGUGAGGGUUUGAAUCAGCCACACAUUCAUCAUGAUGUCAUACCUACAGCAACCAUAUGCAUUAGCCUCAUGAAGUAAUCUGGUAUCAGAAAAGUAACUCCUUGGUACCUUCUGUUGUCACUUGAUGUUGGGGAGCAAUGUUAAACACUCCACUAUCAGGUAGCAGAGCAGAGCAUGUCUUGCAAGCAUACUUCGGAUUCCAGCAGCUGCAAAUAGGUAAUUGUGUAAAAGCCACAAGCCAGUCCAGCCAUAUAUAUACAACACUUGUUCAGGACUUCUCUAGCCAUUUACAAGGAUUCAUGUACUAUUCCAGAAAAUAGCAUUAUGUGAAAAGUAAUUUAGCCAAAAAGAAAUUAAUAAAUAUACAGUACUUAACUAUGGAUCAUCAUUUUGCAUGGCACUCUUUCCAUGCAAAGGAAGAGCCUUACAAAAAUAGAAAAAAAGGUUUAUUACAUCCUUUCAAUAAAACCAAAACAUCAACUGUAGCAUUCUGAGCUGCGUAGAGGAUAAUUCCCAGAGUGCCUCAUGAUGUGCUAUGUAUAUUUGUUAAAAUUUGAUUAGAAGCAUUAAUUUUGCAAAACUUCCAUGUGUGAUCUGUCCCUAAACUAUGGGUCGUAAGGUAUAUCAAUUUAAAGAUUAGCAAUUUUCAUUUCAGUAAAAACAAAAGGAAAUAUAUCCUGUAAUGCUAGUGUCUUUUCUUUUUAGGUGUAAAAUAAGUGCAUAGGCUUCCUCUACCACAUUUCAUCCAUCCCUUCCUCAUUUUGCCUCAGAAUGAUACCCUUUGCCAGAAGUAGAUUUAUUGAUAAUCACAAUAAGAGUAUUUCCCACUAUGGGCAUAAUGUAAUGAAUUCAUAUAUGAUUAAAACAGAAACCCUAGUGUAAAAUAAUGUAACACAUUGGUGAAUUUUCUUGCCAACCUCCUCUUAUAUAUUUUUCAAUUUAACAUAUAACUUUUAAACCGCAUUCUAAACUUUAAAAUAUUAAUAAAAAUUGUAUGUGCAAACUUAAUGUAUAGCAGUUUUGCUUUUAACCACAUUUUAUUUUAUAAAAUUUGUGCUCAUAUUUAUGUUAAAUAGCAGUAAGUGCAUGAUAUAGCCAAUAUAAACCUCAUAAUUUGUAGGGAAAUUUGCACCCUUAAACAUUUUCUUUGAUUCUCCUCUGUAAUUUCCUGGAGAUAGGGUACAUAACAGAAAUUGGACCUACCUACCUAUGAUUUGUUUUGCCUUUUGAUGUUUAUUUAUUAUACCUAUAAUUACACUAAAACUGUUCAAACCCAAGAUGGACUAAACAGACAUUGUGAUUAUCAGUUUUCUGGCAAAGAUUUAAAGAAGCAAUAUAAUGAAGUUAACCUAAUUGUGCUCAUUUGACUUUGGUUGAACAUAUGGUUCAUUAAAAUAAAAUAUUUAAAUAUUGUAAUAAUUUGUCUUGUGCUGAUAUUGAGAGUAUGCAGUGCUCCUUCCAGAAGUACUAGAGCGCAUUAUAUGCUUGUAAUGUAUCCCCAGUGCCCUAUUGUAAUGACAGUUUUAAACCAAAUACAAACAAAAGAAUUUUAA